AUGAGCAGGCUUGCUACUGCCAUCCUGCCCACCUCGUUGGUCGGCGGCAACCCCAUCGCCCGGCAAAAAGCUAAGCUCACCUGUUCUGUCUGUCUAUCUAUCUAUCUAUUUAUUUCGGCACUAAGCGUCUUCACGUUUCUUUUCUUUCUCUUCGUUUUCUUCUUUCUCUUUUAUUUCACCCACUCUCUUGCACAGACUUUUUCGAUACGUACCACCCUUUCUCCUAGCCUCGAUUUACCUGCCUCUCUCUCUCUCUUUUUACUCAACAUAUUCCUCGCCUACCUACCUGUCUCGUGUGGUUUUAUCCUACAGUCAUCAUGGGAUUUUAUCUCUACCUCUGUUCGGCGCUUUUCGGAUUCAUCGACAUUAUCGUCAUUCGAUUUUUCAUCGGAACUUUCAUCGGAUACAUCGUCGUCUGUCUCAUCUAAAUCGUCAUCUCCGAAAGAUUUUGCCAUCAUCCAGACCAACAGUUACGGCGAACGUGACAUCCGGGUAGUACUGGGAAGUGUCCGUUUGCACGUUUUGUCCGUCCCAUCGGACACUCGUUAUCAGCUCGAACUGCGACGGACGUCCGACCGGCGCCACUAUGUCAAAUCCGUGUACAAAAAAGGAUUACUUCUACUGACCCCGCCGCAUCGAACGGCGGCGUCUAAUCUGACCGUGGUCGCUGGUCACGUCAAAGAACGUCAAAUAAGCAAUCCGGGUGGCCGGAGACGUAGCCGGCGUCAGCUGAACGGCAUGCUGAUAUACCCGGGUACCAAGUGGUGUGGAAACGGGAACACGGCCGAGGCGUUCGACGACCUGGGCUCCGAGGCAGCAGCAGACAUCUGCUGCCGAGAGCACGACUACUGUCCGUUUACUAUUGAGAGUUUUACACGCCGCUUUAACUUGUUCAAUUACAGACUGCACACGCUCUCACAUUGUGAGUGUGACUACCAGUAA